GUGGCGCUGGCGAACAGUGAACUCCGAGCUUGCAAUCUUCAGCAUCCCACUCAUUGAGCAAGAUUCCGCGCUAAGACGCUCUCCUGAUAUGGGUGCUUACGACGAGUGGAACAGGGUUGAUGAAGAUGAGGAGGAUGAGUUGGAAGAUUAUUCGUACCUUGAAGCAAAAAGAGAUGUCAUUUUGUUCUGCAUUGACUGCUCAUCCUCCAUGCUGGAACUGUACGACGACCCCAAGUACGAGAAUGUGCAGACGUGCCACCUGCUCACCGCGUUAGAAGCUGCUAUGCAGAUCCAGAAGAAGAAGGUUGUGGUAGGACCGGACGAUGCUGUUGGGAUAAUGCUUUUCAAUACGACCAGGAGGAAUGAAACCAGCGGCGAGGGUUCAGAAAUUAAGCAGGGAACUUAUGUGUACCAGCCAAUCAGUACUAUCAAUGCUCCUGGGGUACAGGAACUCAUUCGACUUUUGGACGCUGCUCGAGAAGAUCCGAGCUAUUUGCGUGAGACAUUCCAGCCGAUGACGGGCUCUCGUGUAGCUAUGGGGGAUGUCUUUACUAGCUGCAAUUGGGUGUUUCGGGACAGAGCGCCUAGAUCAGCGACGAAACGCGUCUUCCUCAUCACGGACGAAGACAACCCACAUUCAGGACCUGCAAGAGACAGACUUGUCAUAGCUGCAAGAACUACACUCAUCGAUUUGGUACAGGCAGGAAUCACGGUGGAGCCAUUUUUUAUCGCUACUGAGGAGAAGGGUUUUGACAAAUCCAAGUUCUAUUCCUCUGUGCUCCUUCCUAGCAACAUCGUAGACGACGAUGAAAAUAAUGCCGCGGUCCUUCCCGAGUCGAUAUCAAUUACUCGAAUUGAAGACCUUCUGGCACAAAUGCGUUUCCAUGAGGUACCAAAACGUGCACAGUUUACCGUGCCGUUCGAAUUGGCACAAGAAUUCGUCAUUGGUGUCAAAGGGUAUAGCCUCGUGACUGAGCAGAAGAAGGGCUCGUACAGAUACUUCAUUGACCUCGAAGAUAGGAUGGAAGUCGUCGCAUCCAGAACUGUUUACGUCGAUGAGGGCGAACAAGCGGAGGUGGACAAAACAAAGGUCCUGUAUGGCAUGGAACUGGGAGCGGUCGCUGCCAUAGAAGAGGCGCAAGAAGAGUCGGACCGAGAAGGCAUGUUGGGCACCCGUGUCAUAGCUGCAAAUAGCCGGGUCUUCUACACCGCGGAUGAAUUGCGAUCCUUCCGGACAAUGGGAUUAGACCCUAGUAAGAUUGCCCACCCGCCGACAGUGUCAGCUGUUAGACUCUGUUGCUUGAUGCCAAUUGCAGCGAUCAGAUUACUUGGCUUUAAAGAUCAGUCGGAGCUCGCCUUCGAAGACAAUGUCAAACAUUCCCUUUUCAUUUAUCCGGACGAAAUGAACUAUUCGGGCAGUAAGCGCACAUUCAGCGCGCUCUUGAAGACCAUGCUCCGUAAGAAAAAGAUCGCUUUGGUGCUUGCCGUCACCCGGCGCAACGCCAUCCCCACAUUCUACGCGAUGCUUCCUCAGGCAGAGAAGGUCGAGGAAGGGGGAUGGCACGAGCCGCCGGGUUUCCAUCUCAUACCGCUCCCAUUUGCGGAUGACAUCCGGCCCGCUCCCAUCACAGAGGGCGCUCGCGCAUCUGAUGAACUGAAGGACGCGGCACGCAAGUGGAUAGACAAGCUGGGUGUCAAAAAUGGCACAUAUCCGCCUGACGCCUAUCCGAAUCCUGCAUUGGCGUAUCACAAUGCGCAGCUGGAAGCAAGCGCGUUCCGCGAAGAAUUUGAUCCCGCGGCGUUCGAGGAUCUGACGGUGCCGAAGUACGACAUGUUGCACAAGCGUGCCGGAACACUGAUGAGUGCUUGGAAACAUGCCUUGCCCAGUGACGGCAUCGCAGCUCCCGUUCCCUCGCCGACCGGAUCGAAACGCAAAGCAGACAUCAGCGUAGACGAGGCGGAAGUCCGUAGCAAGCACGAAGUGGGUACAUUAGACAAGCUCCGAGUGGAUCAGCUCAGGGAAUUCUUGAAAAGCAAGAGUCAACCGAUGUCAGGGAGGAAGGCAGAACUUGUCGAACGUGUUUCAGAUUGGCUGAAUGAGAAUGCAUGACGGCGCUCUCGCUGGCGACCACUCUAGCUGCGUUCGCGCUAUUUAUACAGUCCCGCCUCGUUCCUGUGUUGUCUAGCAUUAUGCAGCUCAUAGUUGGACGAUGUGUUCGUGCCACCUGUCCCCAUCAUUGACAAUUCUAUUGCAUCUGUGAGCAAUCUGCUUGCGCCAUGUACCUUCGGA